CUGUGUCCUGCGUGGUGGCAUGGUGCCUGCUGCUCUCAGCUCUGCUCCUCAGGAUUUGCCUUGGUCCUCUCUCUGUCAGCAGGAAGACUAAGUUCCUAUGGCUAACUUUUCAAGUCAAAUCCAGAUGGAAAACUCUAGAAAAAGAGGAGCCUUCACUUGAAUUUUUAAUUUUCACCACUGUCCUGGAACCCUGGGUCCCUUCGGAGGCCUGAUCCCAUCCAUCUCCUGGCAGGAUUUUCUAUAUCCGGAAUCUGAUUGACCAGGGAAGCAGAUUUCCCCGACAAUAUCCAAGCGACAUAACUGACCCAAAGCAGAAAGCAAAGAAAAGACUGGUCACAAGACAAAAAUCACAACAGAGACAAUUGAUCAAAUUUGGCACCACCACCACCACCCCCGCCACCAAAACUGAGGAAUGAAAUCCUCUCUGUGAAAUUUAUAUGGAAAAUCAUUGAUCUCAACUACCGGGUGGGGUGGGGGAGUCUGUAAAAUAACAAUGAACACAGAAAAUAAAAGCAAAGCCCUCUGAUUGCUUGGCAUAGAAAGUUGUUUUGAGGAAUAAAAUCAACUUACAUAGAUCAAGGAAUUUCAUUUCUGCUUACACCGGAAAGCACAUUUCCCCAUAAAAAUUAUGUUGGUAUAAUUCUGAUGUUUAAAUGUUUGUAUUCUCCCGACUCAGAGGAACAAAGACCCAGUGAGCAGAGAUGGUGAGAUCCAGCCGGUAGUUUAACGCUGAGGGCUGAGGACACCCUGCAGUCCUCUCAGGCACAGGUACAUAAGCGUGCACCCGGGCUGCACCCUUCCAUGUGGCCCCCACAAGACACAGCUCUCCCUCACAGGGCGCCUGGAAGGUCAGAUGCCCACACUUCAGACUCCCCUCCUGUCUGCUCUGCCCAGGAGGGAACUAUGGGACCACUGUGACCUCUGCAGGAUUCUGGUGGCCUCACAAUGCCUCCCUGAGGUCACCACAGAGAUAAACCCACCACCCCCUGACCCCACAGCACAAGACUGCUGAGGCCAACUGUGGGUGAUCAUCCUUGGUCCUCCUUCUAGCCCCCCCAGGGCAAGGCGAGGCCAAAGCCCUUCAAGAAAGCCUCUGAGGAGAACAGGAGCCAGGACGCAGCUCGCCCACCAUCGACAGCGGCACAGUGGAGACUUCCAGCCGCCACCCUGGAGGUCCCUGCACCUAGCUCCCUUCAGCCAUCCCAGGGAGAGAUGCAGAAAGACACCUUGCUGCAGUCCCCAUCCGUACCCUCGGCCUCAAACGCUGCCAUGGGUGGAGGCCGGCAGGCCAGCGCAUCAGGAGCCCCUAACAAGAGUGAGAACGCACACUGCACCUCCCCCAAAGCCCACCGGAAGCUCAGCAUGUCCAAGGUCAUCAUGAGGGCUAUGGCAGAAAAGGGGACACGCCACCGCGUAUCCCUGGCGGCUCUGAAGAAGGCUGUCACCAACAACGGCUACAACAUGGCCCACAACAUCUGGCGUUUCAAGCGUGUGCUCAAGAAGCUGGUGGACAACGGCAUGCUCCAGCGGGUGACCGGCAGGGGAACCUCGGGCUCCUUCCGCCUGGGCAAGAAGCGGGCCUCCAAGCUUAAGGCCAAGAGACGGCAGCGCCGGCGGCCGGGGCACCGCGGAUCUGGGCAGCGCCGGUCUGGACAGCGCAGGUCGCUACUGGGCUCCAAACAGGGCCACAAGCGGCUUUUCAAAGGGGUUCGCAGGGUGGCCAAAUGCCGCCGCCAUUAACAGAGCAGGGCAGCCAAGCAGGCAGGAGUGCCCGGUGCCACAGGCUCAGGGCAGUGAGAAUAAAAAGGAAUCCCAACUUA